AUGAAUAAGAAAGUAGAAAUUAUUUCUCAAACUCCUCAUGGUAUUAUAUCUUGUGAGAAAGAUCCAGAUAUUUAUAAUGUUUGCUCAUUUAGUAGCGAACAUCGAAUUGUUGAUAUGCUUCUUUUUGAAUGUACUUGCCCAAGCAAAGACAAAGCAUUUUGUUCGCAUAUAAGAGCAGUUUCAAAAAAAUUCCAAACAAGAUACAAUCGUGAAAUAUUCAAUAUAUAUUCGAUAUUAAACGAUAUUAAUAUUAAAAAUUCAUUUGCAUCAUGCUAUGAUAAAGCAGAAAAUCACUUCAACUUGUUUUUGAAAUCAAUAAAUAAGCUUUUUCAUUUCAAUAAUUUCUUAGAAAAUCAAGAUUUAUUCUCUUUGGAAGCAAAACAAAGAUAUAAAAGAGUUCUAUAUGCUAUUUUAAAAGCUUUAAGUUCUAUUUCGUGGAGAAAUCACUUGAUAAAGACAAAAGAUAGCAACUUUAUUAAUUCGAUUAAUUACGCUAAUAAUGCAAGAAAUUCAAUUAAAGUAGACUUGUUGUUAAAUUCAAUAAAUUUUUCAUUAUCAAAUAUUAAGAGAGAAGAUUUUCCUACUGUUAUUGAAUUUCUCAAAGCAAUAGAGUCUAAUUCUUUGCAAGAAAUAGGGAUUUUCAAUACAACUAGUAUUUUUAAUAUUCUAGCGAGUAUUUUAAACGAGAAAAAAAUAUCAAAUGCAAACAAAGAAAUAUUAAUUAGUGGAAUUUUAGAGUUGUUUUGUUCAAAUAAUUUUUAUUUGCAAUUUCAAGAAAAAAAAAUAGAAAAGAAAUAUAAUGGAUUUGACUGUAAGUUUUUAAAUACAAUCAUUAAAACAAUUAAAAGAUAUGUAAAUUACAUUGAUACAAAGUUGACCAGAGAAUCAGUUAAUUUUAUUUUAAUGGAGGAAUUUGGAUUAGAUUUAGAUUUUUUGGGUAUAAGCGAAAGAGAUAUAAUUCGAGAAAUAUCUUUGCUCAAAAACAAUGCAAUGCAGAAUACGAGAGUAGUUGAUUUAUUAUCUCUUAAAAUUCAUCAAAUUGAUUUAUUUAUUUCAAACUCUAAGGACCCUCUUAAUAAUAAUUUUUUCACAAACUAUAAUUUAAUUAAUGUUAUUCAUUCGGCACCAAUACUAAUUGAUUUAUAUGAUUAUUUAUUUUGGUACUCCGCUAGUAACCAUAUUAAAUUUGGGGAGUUAACGGAAUUUUUAGAGAAUAAUAUUGACAACGAAUUAUUAGGUCAUUUUUAUUUCGUUAAAUUUUCAAAAAGUGGCAAUCGACACAAAUUAAUUAAUUCAAUGUUAACUAAUAAUCAAAUCUGCAUUUAUAAAGUUUCAAAGCCAAAUAAUGAGAAAUAUUCAGCUACUCAUGUUUACUAUUCAUUUAUGAUUGAUUCAAUAAACCAAUGUGAUGGAAUAAAAACUUUGAAUUAUUUUUUAGGUGGAUGCAUCCAAGAAAAUGGAAUUGAUUAUUUUGUUAAAUUAUUUCCAAAAGAAAUACUAAUGAACGAUAUAUCAUCACGCAUUCAUAAAUCCUUUAAUUUAAUUGAUUUUUUUUCAUGUAUUUUAAAACUCUGUCCUCCAAUUCUAUAUGUAGAUUUGUGGGACUAUAUACUAAUAACAAUUUUAUCUGCCUUAAAAGUCGAAAAAGAUCAAUUUAUUAUGUCAUUAUAUCGAUUUUUUGUAAAUAAUAGUAAUAUAUUUGAAUUAAAUAAAUUGAUUCAUAUUAUUCCACUCCAAAUGAAAAGUGAUUUUUAUUUCGAAGCAUAUAAUAGUUCUUUAUGCUUACCAGAAUUAUCUGGAAAUGAAGAUGAUGGUUUGAAAGAAAAUAAUGAGAGUAAACAAGAGGAAUUGUUCUUGAAGAAUGAAUUUUCUUCUGAAGAUUUGAUUUGUAAUUAUUGUUUGAGCCUUAAACCCAAGAAUUUAAUUGACUGUGAAAGUUUUAUAAGGUCAAUACAAAGGCAAAGAUUUGGAAUUUCAGAUAAUAUUCAAGAUAACGAUUACAACCGGAUAAUUGAAAAUUAUACUAGAAUAAUAAACCAAUCAUGCAAAAAUCUGUCCAUUAAGCUUUAUACAAAAACCGACCACUUUAUAUUUGAACUAAUACAAAAUGCUGAUGAUAAUCAUUAUUGUUCUUGUAUUGGUAGAAUUCCUUCAAUUAUCUUUGCAUUUCAUAAAAAUGGUGUACUUGUGAUUAACAAUGAGGUCGGAUUUACAGAAAAAGAUGUAAGUUCAAUCUGUGAUAUUGGAAACAGUUCAAAAAAUCAAAAUGAAAAAACAAUUGGUUGUUUUGGAAUUGGAUUUAAAAGCGUGUUUUCAAUUACAAACACUCCAUUUAUAUUUAGUAAUGGUUACUGUUUCAUGUUCAAUUUAAAUUCUGAGCAUGGUUCUUAUAUUUUUCCAGAAUGGGUUGAUGAUGAAUUAUGCAAUUUAAUUCCACUACACAAAUUUCAUAAUGAAUAUGAUAAAGAAAUUUCAACUUAUAGGACUAAAUUUUGGUUUCCUUUCAAAAAGAAUAUUGAUUUUGAAGAUGUAAAACUAAAUGAAAAUAUAAUUUUAUUUACAAAUAAAAUUAAAAGAAUUAAAUUAAUUACUAACAACAGAGUGUCAUUAAUUACAAGAAAUGACCAACUAAUUUCAAGUGAUGUUGUAUUAGUAAAUAUUUUGAACGAGAUUAUAUAUGAUGAAUGCCCUAGCAAGAAGCGAAAACUCUCCUUUAAUAAAAAUAGAACAAAAUCAUUCUUAAUUGUAAAUCAUAAUUUUAAAGUUCCCAAAAAUAUUUCAAAUUUAGCUAAUACAAAAAAGUCAAAUACUAUCUCAAUUGGAAUAGAAAUAAAUAAUGAAUUAGAUUCAUUUGAUGGAGAAUGUGACUGUGGCAAUAAAGAAAUUUUUUCAUUUUUACCUAUUAGGUCAUAUGGGCUAAAAUUUAUAAUUCAGGCAGAUUUUGAUCUUACGUCAUCUAGAGAAUCAAUUUCUGUUGAUUCAAAUUGGAACAUUUACAUUCGUGAAAAUAUACCUAAUGCUUUUAUUCACAUGUUGUCAAAGUUACGUGAAAUAAGUGGUUUUCAUUUGUUAAAGAAGUCAUUUUUGAGUAUAUUGCCCACAAGAACAGACAAUAUAGACGAGUUCUUUCUGCCCAUUAUUUCCAAAAUAAACCAAGUUUUAAUUUAUGAAAAGUGUAUUUAUACUUAUGAAAGAACAUUUACUCAACCUUCUAAUUCUGUUUAUAUUAAUAAGAAUUCAAAGGUAAAUGAGAUAUUAAUACAUAUUUUUCCUAACACUAAUGAGUUUUCUUAUCUAUUAAACAAAUAUUCAAAUAAAUUCUUAAUUUGCAAUAUAUUUACGAGUAACACAGAAAAUGUUUUAUUUGAAGACUUGAGAAUAUCCGAGUUCAAUAUAAAUAUGCUAAUUGAUUUAAUUAGUGGAAUUAUUUUGGAUUAUUCGUAUUUUGGUAGAAGCUAUGAAUGGUAUUUCAGUUUGUUUCUCUUAAUUGAACAUUUAAUGAAUACCUCUGAUGAUAUUAAUUCUAAUUUGAGAAAGUUGCAGAGACUUCCUUUAUUUUUGACGGAAGAGGGCCGUUAUAUAGAAUCAAUCAAUAUUGAUUCCUCAAAUAAACAGUUAUUUUUGAUGGAUGAGAAUUUACCUUCAAUUUCAAAAUUAGGAAUACAUUUUAUUAAAAAGGAAUUCAUUUUUCAGCUGAAAGAAUUCUAUAAAGAUGAAUUAAUAAAUUAUAAUAAGGUCAUCAGUUUCAUACAAAGUCUUGGACCUUAUUUCUUAAAAAAUGACGAGUAUUAUGAAAUAAUUAGCAAGAGUCUUACAUAUAACAAUUUAAGUAUAGAUGAUCAUAUUCUAUUCACUUACUUGCUCGCAAAAUCUGAAUAUAUCUCAAAUAAUAAUGAACAAAUAUUUGCAAUUAAUUCAAGUGACGAAAUGUUGCCACUAACAGCAAGAAAUUUUCAUCUAUUCAAUAAAAGUGAGAAAUAUUCAAUAAUUGAAAGUGCCUAUAAAAUGAUUGAUAACCAAAGCAGGAAUUUAAUUAACGACCUUUCUUACAAUACAUUUAGCAAAAAGUAUCUUCAUCAUGCAGACGAGUCCUUUUGGAACUCGUUUUUUAGAAAAUUUGGAAUAACAAUUUUACCUUUUUAUUUUGAGAAAAUUCAAUUUAACAAUUUAAUUGACUAUAAAGAGUUUCUUAAAUCAGUUAGCAAACUAGAUAAUAAUAAAUUAAUAGAUCAACAUAUUGAAUCUAUUUAUAACAUAAAGAAUUCAAAUCAAAUUAUGAUUACAGAUUUCUAUUGCCAUGGAAUUGAGUCAUUAGCAAUAAUAAUGAGUGAUACAUUAACAAAACAUACUGGAAAUAAAUAUUUUGAGGAGUUAUUGACAACAAUCUCAAAUCAAAUUAUUCAUUGUAUUUGUGAUUUUUGGGAAGAAAUUCAAAUUUAUUGGUCAAUUACUAUUCAUGAAAUAAUAAAGAAGCCUUCUUUUGUACAUUUUCAAUUUUCAUCUUAUCCAAUUUUUAUCUCCAAAUAUUUAUUUAACAAUAAUUUCAUUUUUCAACAAUUAUGCCCACCAAAAUCUUUGACAUUAUACGUUAAAACACAACAUCAUGAGGUAAUUUCAAAAUUUGUAAAUUUUUUAAUAUUAGAUGUUCCAGAAAAAAGUAGUCUGAUUACUCUAUCAGAUGCAUUUUCUUCUAGAAUUGAAAUUAAUUUAGACUAUUUAUGUUUAUUGGUUGAAGCUUUAAAUAAUCCCAAAGAUAAAAUAAGUUUAUACAAUAAAAACCAAAUAGACCCAAAUUCGUAUAUUUUACUACUUGAAUUAAUAAUUAAAGAGUCAAGAUCAAACUUUUCAAUUAGUUCAAUAAACUUAUUAAAAAAAAAUCUGAUGGUUCCUCUUCAGGAUGAAAGUAAAGAUUUUGUUUGGAAAAGUAUUCAGGACUUAUAUUGGAAUGAUGAAAACAUAUUACCAAAAAACUAUUCUCUUUUAUAUCAAUUUUCAGUUAUACAUAAAUUGAGCAUUUCAAUUAAUGAGAUCAUGAGUUUUUUUUUAAUACUUGGAGUUCCCAUAAAACCAGAAAAAAAGCAUCUAAUUACUCAUUUAUUAGAAAUAUAUAAAAUUGAACGAAUUGAGGUGGAUUCAAAAAUAUUACUGACUUAUGUUGGCAUUAUUACUCAACUAUAUAAAAUUGAUAGAACAAUAUUGAAUGAUUUGCUGAAGUUACCUGUUGUUAAAAAAAAUUAUUGUAGGUGGCUUGACAUGAAUCUAAUAAAUGAUUGCCAUUUGAUAUUUUCGGAUUCUGCAUUGUUUCAUUAUUUUAUUUAUAAGAAGUUAUUCUCAAUAAAAAAAGUUAUCUGGUCACCUAUGCUUUUCACAUUUAUACAAUCUAAUUUAAGUAGUGAGAAUCAAGAUCUUGAUGCACUAAUUUACAAUUGGAAUAUUUUUUGUUCACAAUUAUCUCCUAAUUUGGAGAAUAAUAAUUAUUUUAAUAUUCCUUCUGAAAAUCAUUGCAACUUAGAUUCAUCUUUUUAUUAUGAAAUUAUUGUUAAUCUUUUUGGGCCACUAUAUGAAGAAUCUAUUAAGAACCAAAUUAAGAUAAGAAAAAAUUGGAGUCAAUUAAUUUCAAAAAGCAAUAUAAUAAUUUUGAGCUCAGACAUUUCUAUCAGAUGCCUAGAAAAAACUUUAUGUAUUCCUGGUAUAUUUGAUAUAAAAACAAAUAAGUUGUAUGUUAAACACCAAAAUAAUUUGGGAAAUGAUGAUAUCGAAGAAAUAUUGCUUUCCAUACUUACAUUUAUUAGUUCUUUCUUUCCAAAAAAUUAUCCCAACAUAAAAAGUCUAAUGGUAACAAAACUUAUAUUUAAAGAUGCAAUUAAGGAAUUUGAAUCUUCAAAAAAUAAUAUGGCUUGGGAAAGAUUCAUAAUUAAUUGGAUCCAGAAAAUAGAAACAGAAAUCUUCGGAUUUAAAAUUGAUUUAAAGUACUUUUUGUUCUCGGAUUAUGUAGAUUGCAGUGCUUUCCAGCUGAGCAAAAACGCUCAAAUAAACGAAGGGUUACAAAUAGAAUAUAAUACUAACUGCCCAAAGAAGGUUAUUUUAGAUAUAGGUAAGAUGGGAGAAGAAUUAGCCUUUGAGUACCUGAAAGAAAAUUUUAAUAAGGAGACGGGGGUUAGCGAAUUCAAUAUAAUUUGGGUUAAUGAAAAUGUAGAAUCGGGUCUUCCUUAUGACAUAGUCCUAGUUUUUAUUGAUGAAAAAAGUGAAACUAAGGAGGAAAUAUUCGUCGAAGUUAAAUCAUCAUCGAAAAAAGAAAAAAAUUUUUUUUUUAUUUCUUUCAAUGAAUGGAAGUUCGCAGAAAAACUACAGAAUAAUUAUUGGUUACUCCACGUUUUGGGUGUUAAUUGUAAUUCUUCAAAAUUAAGUUUAAAUGACCUAGAAUACAAAAUAAUUAGGAAUCCAUAUGAAUCUUGGAGAAAUGGAAAUUUAAAAAUGAUACUAUCAGAGAGUUAA